AUGGCUCAUACGUCAAAAGCUUACGUCUACCUUCGAUUUUGCGGUCCCCAGAAUUGUGUUCCAUUCCCUGGCGAUCCGCCGGAUAGAGUGUUCUCAUUCUUGUGCACCGUUUUCCAGACACGCAUACCACCCAAGUCGCUUGUUUAUCCUAGAUUCCAAGUUGGACCAGGGAUGGAAACGCUGGAGGAGAGCAGCGAGUUUUUCUUCCAACGGAAAUGCCGAGAUUGGCCACCACAUCUGCUGGGUUACUGCGUGGCGACUUUACCGGUUACCAACGAUGUCUACGCUGGAAUUCUGUCAGAUUUACGAAGCACACUGUCUCUGCCUCCUAUUCUCCGACCAAGUGUUGUGCUUCAGUCAUCGUCAUCCUCCUCUCUCAUGUCCCAAUACGAAUCGGACCCUUCUGUUACAGUGCAUCCUUACGCUCAGCUUUUUCGCGGGUCCCCAUCCAGUCCUGACCUUCCGAAUGGUGCACGUGGAACAUCGUUCUUCGUACUUUCCUAUCCGUGCAUCACUGCGAAGAAUCCAGAUAUCUUGUACCGAUCUCGAGAGCCUCAUACGUCAUCACGGUUUAGUUCGGAACUAUUGAACGUCGACCCUACACAAGGUCUUCGGGAUAUGCGUCUGAGGAAGUUUCCUCGAGUCUAA